UGGGUCAAAUGCAGAGAAUAAUUUGACCACACCUUGUGUGUGUGACAACUUUACUUUAACAACACCGCAUCCUAGAUUAUUAGUCCUGUAGCUGAAUAAGGAAAGUGAAGCAAAACUACAGUAGAAUUGUGUGACUGAUAACGAGGACAUGGAUACAGUGUUUUCAAUAUAAGCACUAUUUAAUUGGUCUAAAGCAUUUAUGACAGCUAAUCAGGCUUAGUGGAUCUGGGUCAACUCCCAUGUGUGUGUGUACACUUCUCCAUCGCCCUUACGUCUACUUUGCUUUACCUGUUCAUUGGACUCAUUCAUGUCAAUCAAGCAGACAGUCCAGGAUGCAGACCUUGACCCAGCAUGUCCCCUUCCCUCGGGCCGCUUACUCCCAAGCCCGGGAAAACCUGGUGAAGGCCAUCCCGCCCAAACUCCUCUGCUUGCUGGCCUGCGGGGGACUGGACUGUCGUUACGAAGGACCAGACUGUUGGAAAGCGAGCCAGCAGGUCAUCCGUGGCAUUUUCUCCUCAUGGGUGACCGAUGACAUCAUCGCUAUGGCACGGCCGUCCACAAUCUUGAUUGAAAAGUUCGACGUUAUAGAACAAUUUCAGAGGUUGAAUAUAAGAUCCAUCAUAAACAUGCAAGUACCUGGCGAACAUGCGCACUGCGGACCCCCUUUGGACCCUGGAAGUGGCUUCACAUACCUGCCGCAGAUCUUCAUGGAGAAUGACAGUGAGACCUUUUUAGAUACCACAAGUUGUAGUAGAGCCUUCAUUAGCUUGACCUGUACAAUUCAAUCAAUGUUUAUUUAUAUAGCCCUAAAUCACAAGUGUCUCAAAGAGCUGUACAAGCCACAACGACAUCCUCGGUACAGAGCCCACAUACGGGCAAGGAAAACCCACCCCAGUGGGACGUCAAUGUGAAUGACUAUGAGAAACCUUGGAGAGGACCGCAUAUGUGGGUAACCCCCGAGAUCCAAUACAAGACCUGUAUAAAAAAACUCUUGGCUGGAUGUGUCGUCCUGCGGGGCUUGAACCAGGGUGCACUAAUUGGAGCAAAGAGCCUACACUGCUCAAAAACGGACACUUUUUCUGUCUAAACUGCACUGCUACUGAAUGGAGCGGGAAAAGGGUUGUCUCGUCAUCGAUAAGUCGCCACGUCCGCGUGAGUCUCUCGCUUCCAAUCAGGGUGCAAGAGGGUUCACUCUGUGCAUCGCUCUCAGCAACUGAGCGUUUUUAUUCAAUAGCAAAAUUAGACGCACGGAGUGAAUCCUCUUGUCUGUAAUCCACAAUCUUUGUGGCGGACGGCAAGAGCGCAAGCUUACACACACUCAGAGAGCCUGGCUCGUCACAAAGAAAGUGCUGUGAUAAUAUUUGGGCGUCUCGUGUGUAAACAUUGACAUGGACCAAUGAUUUGUUGGGAAGUAAAACCACCUGUACCUAAGCUCUUCAAUAUUUACUGAAGUAGAAUUUUAGCUAAUAGAGAUUGGGAUAAUUAGGAUAGGUCUUUAUUGUCAUUGCAACAAGUAAAACGAAACUAUGUUUUCAGCACAAACCCAUUCAAAAUUAGACAAACAAACAGUGUACAGGGUUACAGUACAGGAACGCUGAUAGGUCGCCACGAGGUGCCCCGUAAAAAGGUGGGAAAAAGGUAAACCUCCAUGCCAUGCACACAUAAACAUGUUACAUUUAAUCACGACAACUCGCAACAGAGAGGGGGGAGUUGGGGCCCUGGAGGUCGACUGCUGCUAUGAAGCGCUGCCAGCCGUACAUCACUCCGAAG